AUGGACUUGAAAACAUUAAAGCAAAUCUACUUAGAUAGACUUGCGCCAAGGCCAGAUGUAAGAUGGGGAAUAACAGGAGUGGCGUUUGUCCUGUACUGCAUUCGUAUAUGGACAACAGGAGCUUUCUACCUAAUAACAUACUGUCUAGGGAUCUAUCUUCUCCAUGCUCUAAUCCUUUUCCUCACGCCAAAGGGAGAGAUGAUUCCAGAUCCUUUCGAGAAUAUCGAGGAUGAUGACUAUGUUCCAGAGGCAAUAGACAACGAGUUCAAGCCCUUCAUCCGGAAUCUUCCUGAGUUUGACUUUUGGAUGUUUGUCACAAAGACAGUCGGGGUAGCACUUGUGGGGACGUACUUUGACAUAUUGGACAUUCCGGUGUACACACCGAUUCUUGUGUUCUAUUUUAUUUUCAUGGUUGGAUAUACCACAAAGCGCCUAGUUGCACACAUGAAGAAGUACAACUACAAUCCGUUUCUCCAAAGUAAGGAGUACUAUAAGAAAUAA